GUUCCUCCCUCCCAGAGCUCCCCGCCUGGCCCUCCCUUCUAGUCUCCGCUGCGCCCUCGCGGAGGCAGCGUUUGCAGCGGCCUUGCUAUGUCUCAGCCGGGCCAGAAGCCCGCGGCCUCCCCGCGGCCCCGGCGCGCUGCAGCGGCCCGCCAAACCCAGGAGCAUGCCGGUGAAAAAACCAGUGGAUCACCUUCAAAGUCAGGAGAAAAGAAAGGAUCAGAUGAGAAAAAAGCAACAAGCCUUGGGAGCAGUCAGCCUUCCAGAACCCAUGCUGGUGGAACAGCCCCGGCCACCAAGGUGUCAGCUUCUUCUGCUUCCACCAGCAAGUCUUCCAGUAUGAAUCCCACAGACACCAAGGCUAUUCCAAUCAGCAAACAGAUGGAAGGACAGCAUUCCCCCAGCAAGAAAAGACCCAAAAAACAGGCUGCAAAAACAGAACCUGAAAACAAGUCACAAUCAACUAAGCCAUCUGUGCUUCCUGAGAAAAAAACCCAAGAAAUAAAGCCAAAGGAACACAAAGAGCCAAAAAGCCUACCCAAGCAUGCAUCAGAUACAGAAAGCAAGCAUGUUCAUAAUGAAAAAGCAGUUUCCAGAUCAAGUGAGCAGUUGACAUCUGAGAAAUCAACAAAACCAAAGACUAAAUCACAGGAUGCAGUUUCUGCUGGCAGAGAAGGUGUUGCUGAUACAGCUGCAGCAUCUGCCAAACCAGAUAACAAGAAAAAAGAAAAGAAAUCAUUAACGUCUGCUGUACCAGUUGAAUCCAAACCGGGUAAACCAUCUGGAAAGUCAGACCUGGAUGCCGCUUUGGAUGACUUAGUAGACACUUUAGGAGGACCUGAAGAAACUGAAGAAGAUAACACAACAUAUACUGGACCUGAAGUUUCAGAUCCAAUGACUUCCAUCUACAUAGAGGAAUUAGGUAAAAGAGAAGUCACCAUUCCUCCAAAAUACAGGGAACUUUUGGCAAAACCCAUGGGGCCAAGUGAUGCCAUAGAUGCUUUGUCAUCUGACUUCACCUGCAGUUCUCCUACCGCUGGUGGAAAGAAACCUAAGGAAGAGAAAUCUACAGAAGAGGUUCUUAAAGCUCAGCCAGCCAGGGUAGUCAAAAGUGCUGCUUCACCCCAAGAGAAAAAAAGAAAGGUGGAGGAGGACACAAUGAGUGAUCAAGCACUGGAGGCUCUUUCUGCUUCGCUGGGCACUCGGAAGCCAGAACCUGAGCUCGACCUCAGCUCCAUUAAAGAAGUUGAUGAGGCAAAAGCUAAAGAAGAGAAACUAAAAAAGUGUGGUGAAGAUGAUGAAACUGUGCCUUCGGAGUAUAGAUUAAAGCCAACCACGGAUAAAGAUGGAAAACCACUUUUGCCAGAGCCUGAAGAAAAAUCCAAGGCCCUGAGUGAAUCAGAACUCAUUGAUGAACUUUCAGAAGAUUUUGACCCGCCCAAAAGUAAAGGAAAACGAUCUAAGACAACCAAAAAAACAGAAGCAUCUCAGGCUGCUGCCUUGACUCCUGUGAGUGAGGCUGUGCCUCGAGCUUCCAUGUGUACUAUACUGUCCACACCGACCAAGCCAGCUCCUUUGAAAGGCAUGGUGCCAGAUGAUGCUGUAGAAGCCUUGGCUGGUAGCCUGGGGAAAAAGGAAGCAGAUCCAGAAGAUGGAAAGCCUGUGGAAGAUAAAGUCAAGGAGAAAGCCAAAGAAGAGGAUCGUGAAAAACUUGGUGAAAAAGAAGAAACAAUUCCUCCUGAUUACAGAUUAGAAGACAUCAAGGAUAAAGAUGGAAAACCCCUCUUGCCAAAAGAGCCCAAGGAAUCACUUCCACCCGUGACUGACGACUUCCUUCUUGAUGCUUUGUCUAAGGACUUUGCUGGUUCCCCAAACUCUUCAUCUCUUAAAUUUGAAGAAGCUAACCUUUCUGCUGCCAUCUCUGAAGUGGUUUCCCAAACCCCAGCUCCAACCACAUACUCUGCUGGCCCGCCCCCUCAUGUGCAGGGCGACAACAAGGAACUGGAUGAUGCCUUGGAUCAACUUUCUGACAGUCUAGGACAAAGGCAGCCUGAUCCAGAUGAGAACAAACCAAUAGAGGAUAAGGUCAAGGAAAAAGCUAAAGCUGAACAUAGAGACAAGCUGGGAGAAAGAGAUGACACCAUCCCCCCUGAAUAUAGACAUCUCCUGGAUAAUGAUGAUGAGGGCAAACCCGUAAAGCCACCUACACAGCAACCCAAGGACUCAAAGAAAUCUGCAGCUGACAAAGACCCCAUUGAUGCCCUCUCAGGUGAUUUUGACAGCUGUCCUACACCCACAGAAACCUCAGAGAAGACAGCAGAGAAGGACAAAGUCAAGACAACUGCUCCCAGCUCCAAAGCACCCAAGAAUGGGGGUAAAGCAAAGGAUUCUGCAAAGGCACAGGAUGAAACUUCCAAGCUAAAAGCUGAUGAAAAAAAUACAAGUUAAAGUUCACACUAUUUGGUAUCUGCCUAUACAAUCUUCAGCUGGUGAAUGGUGACUUUUGAAGGACAAAAGGCUUUGAACAAAAGAAAAUUUUUCUGGGUGGUUUCUAAACAGUGUUAUUUGUUGACUCUUGACAUCCUAAACAUUGGUUAUUCUUUUCCCAGAAAGAAAAUGAAUUUGUCUGGUUCAUCUGUGUAACUUACUGAGUAUUGAUAAACUUUGAAUUUUUAAAAAUUGCCUUCAGUUGGGAGAGACGGGAACUCUAUAUUUCUAAGAGAUAUAUUUGAUAGUUUCUUAAAACAACAUAUAAAAGGAAAAACCUUUGCAGACUUUUGCACAUUCUACACACAGUGCCUGUAAAUCUCAUUAGUUUUUUUCCAUUUGCACUUACUUUUAUUGUUAGCAUUUGGAAAACAAUGCUUUGAAUGUGUUUAAUGUUCUGAUUUUUCAUUACCCAUCUCCUCUUGGGCUUUAGAACUGUAUUUGAUGUUUCUUUGGGUUAAUGUUUAUAAGUCAAACAUAAAAUAUUGUACAGUGGGCACAUAUCUCCUCUUGGGCUGCUAAUAAAUUAAUAACCUGGACAGACCAGGACAUGCUG